CUUUCUGCUCUAAACACCGCCUUUUCACGCAAACAGUGCACGUUCAUCACUUUAAGUAUCUCGCGCAGACUUUCAAGCUAGAUAGACCGGAAGUGCAGGCAGUAUACUGUCAUCUAUCACAGAGGAAAACACAGUUAGCGCCGAGGUCAUCUGCUUGAAGGUGUCACAAGGUGUACCUGAACAUUACCUGUGAUCGUUUAGCAAGAAGUGGAAAAGUAUGUCUGGAGAUUUGCCUCUGAAUAUCAACAUUAAGGAACCACGAUGGGACCAGAGCACAUUUAUGGGCCGGGCUCAGCACUUCUUCAUGGUGACGGACCCGAGAAACGUCCUGCUGUCCAGUGAAGUUUUAGAGGAUGCUAGAGUUAUUGUGGAAAACUACAGGUUGGGAGUUGUGAAGCCCGGGCUAACAGAGGAUCAACUAUGGAGGGCCAAAUACAUCUACGAUUCUGCUUUCCACCCUGACACAGGAGAGAAAAUGCUGCUAAUUGGACGCAUGUCUGCACAAGUGCCCAUGAACAUGACCAUUACGGGUUGCAUGCUUACCUUUUACAGGACAACCCCAGCUGUAGUCUUUUGGCAGUGGGUUAACCAGUCUUUCAACGCCAUUGUCAACUACACUAACCGCAGUGGAGAUGCACCACUCACUGUGAAUCAGCUUGGAGCAGCCUACGUUAGUGCUACCACAGGAGCUGUAAUAACAGCCCUUGGCCUGAAGUCUCUGACCAAGCACUUGCCAGCUAUUAUUGGGCGUUUUGUUCCAUUUGCUGCGGUAGCAGCAGCAAACUGUAUCAACAUACCCUUCAUGAGACAAAGAGAGCUGAAGAAUGGUAUUCCUGUCACUGAUGCUGAGGGAAAACGCCUUGGAGAAUCAACUAAAGCUGCUCAACAAGCCAUCGUCCAAGUGGUGGUGUCUCGUAUCGGCAUGGCAGUACCAGCCAUGGCUAUUCCUCCAGUUAUCAUGAAUGCCUUAGAGAAGAAAGCCUUCAUGAAACGGUUCCCAGUUCUCAACGCCCCUGUACAAGUUGGGCUUGUUGGAUUCUGUCUGGUGUUUGCCACUCCACUAUGCUGUGCUCUGUUCCCACAGAAGAGUUCCAUGAAGGUGAGCAGUCUGGAGCCUGAACUUCAAGAGAGGAUACAACAAAGCAGUCCUCAUACCACUACUGUUUAUUUUAACAAGGGUCUGUAGAGGCCUCUAGGUCACAGCCCAUACUGAUGUACUCCACUGCACUGGAGGUUAGUGGGUACUACUUGAAUGGGAGAACAGUUAUUUUUGUUUUGCUGUUCUACUUUAUAUUUUUGUGUCACUUUUACCCAUGUUAUUGCAUAUUGUCACUUUUUUUUAGCUUAGAACUUUUCUAGGUUUGUGACUCAAACAUCUGCCCAAAAUCACACUCACUUGAACAGAAAUUCAGUUUGUACUCAACCUUAUUCUGCCAUAUGAAUAUUUCCACCUUGCAUGCUCCAUUAUGUGUCAGUUAAGUGCACUUAGAUUGUGGAUGCAGUGUGUUUUUCUCUCUGUACUGCAAAAGAAACCCUAAGAUGUGGAAACAGUCCUAUGAAUACAUCAAAAUGCAAACUUCUGGGUGACUAUCACUGAUGUAUCUAUGCUUCCAAGGCCAUACUCGAUCAUGUUUUCUGUUUAAGCCUUCUAGGCCUUGUGUGUGUGGUUUGGAGUCCUUUUGCAAAUUGCAAAUGUCUCCGAGAAGUGACUUUGAUGUUUGGUUGUGUGGAGACUGCGGUUUGUGUACUGUUGCUAUUGAAGUGGUGAAAUGGUCAAAAUAAUAUCUAUUUAAAUAUUAAAUAAUUAGUUUUAGCCAUUGUAUGAAGUAUUAACAAUUUCCCCAGUCUAAUGGGAUAGAAUGUGUCUGGGACAUGGUGUUUAAAGAGGCACUACAAAUCUUUGGCAGGUUAUUUAGAUAGAUGCACAUGAUCUACAGAUGUAAUAGUAUAGUGAAAGAGUUGCAUCUUAUGCCUUGCUUUGUUUGGAUCAUAAAACACAUCUCAGACACCAGCAAUUAUGGGAACAUACAAUCAUAGUUAUUUAUCGCUAUCAUGGGUAAAUCUGUGAUGUGUUGUACCAGUAAUAUAUAUAUGAUGUCAGUCACAGUGUCUAAUUUAAUAUUUUGUAAAUUAUACUUACUAGUGGCCCCUACUUCUGUAACCUGAGCGUAUAUGAACAAAAAUGUGUUUUCCUUAAACCUUGUUGUAAUGUUAGUGUGUAGCUUUUGAUGUCUGGUUUUCUGUGUUUCUGUGGAUGACCUUAACAAAGCAUUACAGUAUUUCCUCUCCAUCAGUCACUUCCCACCCAAAAACUUUCAUGUUGUUAUUCUCUUCAUGUACUCUGAGAGGCAGUAGAGCUCUGUUACUUUUUGCCCUGAACACUCCAUGUAGGCAAAUAUUGUUAGGACUAAUAUCUGAAACACGUUGUAUGUUACACAAUGAGCGUUUGAUAAGUAUGCCGUUGAAAAAAAGGUAUUUUUGUAGCCCAGUUGAAAGCACAAAAAAAAAAAAAAAAAAGGGACAUUUAAUGCACUAAUCCCGUUUCUAUGAUAAUAUAGUGAGAAACACACACACAUUCUUAAUGUAGAGAAUUGUUGGAUAUGUUAUGCAAAUAUGACUAUUUGAUUGUGAUUUUACAUGUAACUGUUUGUUCUCCUUUGUUCACCACAGACCAGUUAAACCACAUGCGGUCUAGAUUCAUUAUAAUUUGAGUAAUGCACAGUGUACCAACAAAGAUCAGUUGGUUGUGUAACGCUUUACAGUAAUGCUCAACAUAAUGGACUAAGAAUUUCUGAACUGAUACCAGGGGGUUGACACAUUCAUUUUAUUAGCAAUACACCAGAUUGUUUGUGAUGUUUUGGGUUCUUGAUGUUUUAUGAUUGUAAAUUGCACUAGACCACUGAUAAACAACUGUAAAAGAAAAGAGGCUGUUGUUUGGAAAGAAAAACAGAGAACUUACAGUGGUCAUUAAUGUAUGACUUUCUGUGUAUUAAUAUAACAUUAGGGUUGUCCAAGAAUAAAGAAGUAAUUUGGUCUUGCUAAGAUCAAAAUGGAUUUCAAAAUUACAAAUUCAAUGAAGAUUCUUGUCGCACCAAAAUGCCCUCGUUUUGAGAUUUUGUUGUUUUGAUGCAAAGUUUCUUGAUGUGUAAAAGAGCACAUAUUUAUUAAUAGGUCUCCCAUGACCUGGAGAAACACAAGCUUAAUAAUUUUUUUAACUCAGUAUGAAAUUAAUAUGCAUAUAAAUCUGUUGCACCACUUUAGCACAAUUAGUCUGGUCAUUAUUGGUGCUUAUUGCAUGCUUUUAUUUUCCAGCAUUUUGUAUUGUUUUGUUACAUCCUUGUGUGUGUUUUAUGUAGAACUAUGUAAUAAAGCUAUUUUAAAAUGUC